AACCUUAAUGUCCUAAGCUCGAAAUACUGAUCUAAACUCCACAUUUACAAUAAAUGAUUACCACAAACUUUAAGUGUUUUUCAAUUAUAACAUGGAGGAGUUCGGUCACCAUUUUAAACAAUGCACGAGUCACACAUCAUUAGUACUUUAUCAUCAUGGAACAUGUUCACCAUUUUGUUUAAUCGAGACUAAAGAGCGUUAUUUAAUGUAAGAAUAGCUAAAGAAAAUAAACAGUAAAAGGAAGUUUACGAUGCUGUUGUGCGUGGGCUAGACCGAAAUGUGGUAGAAAGAAUGUGCUUUGAACACGAAAUACCCACACGUUAUUCAAAAUUGUGAUAGUAAACCUUAUCUUGGAUAAUAUCAUGUGUUUAUGUUUCUGGACUUUAUAUAAUCGUGUCAGAUGAGUUCCGUUCUGAUGUCUCGUUAAAAUGGAAACCCAGCUGACAAGCCAAGCCCUGGAAUGCUGCGAUAAGUAACUCGUCCAACGAUCUCCACGCCUUAGUUUAAACUCACAUCAGUUACAAGCAGUACAACCCGUGCACAGCAGUCAGCCAUGGACGCUACAAUAGUGGCUAAACCUGACAAUGCUCCAGGAAAAAAGAAAACAAGGAGGCGAGGACCUCGUUUGACUGGAGUCAGUCGACAAAGACGAAUGGCUAACGCACGCGAGAGGAGCCGCGUGCAAACCCUUAAUGCACACAUUGAGAGGUUGAGGGAUUUAAUUCCACUUUUUCCAGGGGAGAAGAAACCCUCCAAAACGGAGACCAUUCGACUGGCUGCAGUAUACAUUUCCUGUCUGACGGAGAUUCUCGAGAACACACCGGAGGGUUUGGAAAGAAUUAACCCAGACGAGUUACUUCCAAGCCUCCCAGGAUUUGAAGAUGGUUGGAGUCUCUCUGCAAAUCUUCCACGAUUCUGCUUUGACUCGUUCUCUGAUAAUGAAGACAACUUACUAGACCUCGACCUUGGAGAAUACCUCUGGGAUGAGUAUGAGUAGGGCUCCACUGUGAGGAACUCAAAGGUCCCCGCAUUAGGCAUCAACGACAGGAUACUUUUAUUUCAGAUCUUUCAUCCUUGUAUCACAGACCACUUAUCGGUAAAAUUAUCACCUAUUUUAUCAAGUAUCUGGGACAAUCUGUGGAAUGCAUGUAGAAGGCACACAAUGUCUCCACGUGUUGAUCCCUUAUGUCGCCAGUUGGUGAAAGGAAGCUAUGUCACGAUAGUUAAGCAUUUUCCUAACCAAGCGUGACAUCGCAGAUACCCCUUCCCCAACUAAGGAUAACACUUAAUGAGAUCAUGAGAAAAGCACCAAUUAGUUUACUACUAACUAGAAUGAAAAAAAAGGAGUUUAAGGUUGGGCAAGAUUAACUGUAAUUUGCUAAAUCCUUUUUCAACAAAUCGUGACUUAGCGUUUUUUCGCCUUUUAUGAAUUGAGCUCGAAAGUGAAACAUUUGGGGGACUUUGUAAGCCAAGCUUCAAAAGAGUCACUGACUAAGGGUGCUCUUGAUUCAGUUCCAACAUAUCAUUUCCACUGGUUAAAUUCGUUUCAAAUCACACAAAAAAUUAAUUAUGAAGAAUAUAUUGUUAAGUUUGUGCCAAGGAACAUUCGUAAAGAAGAUUUAUUAAUCAACGCCUGGGCAAUUACGUUUAUUAAUAAGCUAAUCACAUUAUGCUUCAAUUGUAUAUUCUAUCAAAAUUGUUUGGGUUUACGUCUGUAGCAUGGUGUAACACUACAUGUACUUUAUAAAGUCUAUGAUUUAUAGUGCUUCCACAAUUGGGUCUAGGAUCAAUUUCUUGGUAUGAUCGAUAGGCAUCGUAAGUUUUAUCUUAAUUUUACCAACUGACCUCAUCAAGUUCGUGGCCAAAAGCCCAGUGGCGGAGAGGAGAACAUUUCAAUCAUGCAUUACUGAAACGUGUGAAAGUGCUCUUGGUUGUAAUCCAAUAUAGAGUUUUGGGUUCGAGAAUUACUUGACAAAGUUUCUUUGGAGAUGCUGGCGCUCUACCCGUGACCAAAAACCAUCAACUAGCAAUUUGCAAGGCCUUAUCGGUACCAUCCAACCGCACCUGGAAUAAAAAGACUAAUCACUUAAGAUAUUGCACGGGAUCAACCUUAAGAACCUUUCGCACAUCUAGUAAGAAUAUUCCUUGCCCACCUGCCUCAAUUAUAGUUAAACUCCUGCUAUUUGACUUACUUUCUAAAAGUCUUCAGGGCUUGCUCUUGGAUGGAGUCUCGCGCUCAGUCACUCGUUUGGUCCUGGCUGACAUAAUAAGUUCGUGCUGCGUUCGAUCUUUGUCUUUAUCACUGACGACUGUCUGUAAUGACAAAGAUAACAAGGAAAUGACUGCAACCGCUAAACAAGAAGUUCCUCACACAAUGGAAUCUUGUGGAAAGCUUGAUACAUUUCAGUAAUCUCAAGGAUAUUUUUCAUUCUCUUUUUUCAAUCCAAGAGAGGUGGGAGGUGGGUGAGAAGGAGGAGAAAAUAGAUUAACACCGAGUUUUCCCAAAAAUAGUAAUGAUACUCUUCCGUGACUUAGACUUUCCUUUUACAGUAUAUAUGCCUCAGAGUAUUUGGUUUGGUCCAAGACACUCGUCUGAAUUGUGGUCAGCCACAACUUCCGAAAACACUCUUUUUUAGGAAACGUCCGGCAUUCCAGUCAGAAGAUAGAGUCUACUGAGACCAUCAGAAAGCAUCUUGUAACGGAGUUAUGUAGUUGAUGUAUGAUGUAUAAUGACAGUCAAAGGCACACAAGAACAUGAAAUCUUGAGUAUCGCAUGGAUCGGAGCAGUAUUUGGUCUGAUGUAGGAACAGUGUGCCACUGCAUAUUGUCGAUAAAAGGAUUUCGUCACGCCACAAUUGAAAAAAUAAAUUGUUUUACUAAUCCA